GGUAUUACAAAAACACAAUCUAUUUACAAUGGAGUAUAUGCCAGAAUUCUCUAUUUUCUCAGCCUUGUUCACUUUCCUCUUAUUCGUCUUUAUUCUACAAAGAAAGCCCAAAACUUCCUCCCAUAAAUUAGUCCCAGGGCCAUGGAAGCUACCAAUAAUAGGAAACAUGCAUCAGCUCUUCGGCUCUCUGCCUCAGCAUCGCCUAAGGGAUUUAUCAAAAAAAUACGGCCCUGUAAUGCAUAUCAAACUCGGCCAAGUUUCCAAUAUUGUCGUUUCUUCGCCCGAAGCUGCCAAACAAGUUAUGAAAACUCAUGACAUCAUUUUCUUGCAAAGGCCUUUUCUCCUUGCGGCGGAGAUUCUCAUGUAUAACUUCAAAGACAUAGCUUUUGCCCCUUACGGUGAUAGUUGGCGACAGAUGCGUAAAAUUUGUACGCUUGAGCUAUUGAGCACAAAACGGGUAAGAUCAUUUAGACCAAUCCGAGAAGACGAGGUAUCAACUUUUAUCAGAACAAUUUCAAGUUCCUCCAAAGUUAACCUUGGUAGGAUGGUAUUUGCUUUAUCAAACACCAUUACUUUAAGGUCUGCAUUUGGUAAGGUUUCCGAACGAAAAGAGGCUUUCUUGCCACUUGUGCAGAAAAUUGUGCAGGUGCUAGAAGGUUUUAGUGUUGCUGAUGUUUUCCCUUCUGUUAGAUUUCUUCAUAGAAUUACUGGGAUGAGGGGUAAAUUGGAGAAGUUGCAUCAAGAAACGGACAUAAUGCUUGAAAAUAUAAUUAAUGAACAUAGAGAAAAUAAGCGAUUAGGUAGAAGCAAUUCUGAGGGCAAAGAAGAUGAUCUUGUUGAUGUUCUUUUGAAUAUUCAGGAUAGUGAUAAUCUUGAAUUCCCCUUGACGAUGGAACAUAUAAAAGCAGUCAUGCUGGACAUGUUCCUGGGUGGAACCGAAACAUCUGCUGCAACAAUUGAGUGGGCAAUGGCAGAAAUGGUAAAAGAUCCAAGAGUGUUGGAAAAAGCACAAAAAGAGGUAAGGCAGGUAUUUAAUCAUAAAGAAAAUAUUAUAGAUGAAACAAGACUUGAUGAAUUGAAGUAUCUAAAGUUAGUUAUUAAAGAAACUUUAAGAUUACACCCUCCAGUUCCUUUGCUUGUUCCAAGACAAAGUCUAGAUGCAGUGGAGAUCGAUGGGUAUAAAUUACCAAUCAACACCAAAGUCAUUAUUAAUGCAUGGGCACUUGGAAGAGAUAGUCGUCAUUGGAAUGAAGCUGAGAAAUUUUAUCCAGAGAGAUUUCAGAAUAAUUCUAUUGAUUUUAAAGGGAAUGACUUCCAAUUUAUUCCAUUCGGUGCCGGAAGAAGGAUGUGUCCUGGUGUGGGAUAUGGUAUGGCUCUUGUUGAGCUUGCACUUGCAAAUCUGCUAUACCAUUUUGAUUGGAAACUGCCAAAUGGAUUGGAACCACAUCUUUUAGACAUGUCUGAUUCUUUUGGAGCUUCAGCUAGGAGAAAACAUGAGUUACACUUGAUUCCCAUUCCAUAUAACUCUUCACCCAGUCCAGUCAAGUAGUAUUAGAUCAGCUAUAGCAGUUAUGCUUUGAAAAAUUUAAAACAAAUGCUUGUUAUUUCAAUGUAUUUCUUAAUUAAGAGGUUAAAUAGAUUAAUUGAUUCAUUAUGGAUCAUUAUCUAUGUAAUAGUUCAAUUUUGAUAAAUAAUA